GAGUUUUUUGAUGAUCCAGGAAACUGGGGAGAAAAAACAGUAAAGUCUGGGGAUGCAUGGAAUAUAAAGCAGUUAAGGGGCAAGAGUAGUGAAGACCUGCACAAACUUUGGUAUGUCCUACUGAAGGAAAAAAACAUGCUUUUAACUUUAGAGCAAGAAUCGAAACGACAAACCAGGCCUAUGCCAAGUCCAGAACGAUUAGAAAAGGUAGAAAAGUCUAUGGAAAAUAUAGACUUAGUUGUCAAAGAAAGAGAAAUUGCUUUGAGGCUUUUACAAACUGGCCAUGAAAAACCAGUACCUGGCGAGUGGAGACAUGACUUCUUAGGACGCACCUACUGUUACACAUAUAAGGAAUGGCCAAUACCAUGGUACUUGAACAAAAGAUACAAAAAGAAGAAAUUCUAUUACUUACCUCAUGUGGAACGCUUCAUCAGGCUCAGACUUGAAAAAUUUUUAUGUAAAAGGGCAAGAGGGCAAAAUCUAGAGAGGAAGAGGCAGAAGCUCUUGAAAAAGAAGUUCCCUCAACUUGCUGUAAAAUCUCAGAGCCAGUAACAUGCUGGGAGAGUGCUGCAAGCAGCGGAUUGAUUUAUCUUUGUCUGGAACACGCAACAAGUUCUGAAACCAGCAAACAACUCGACUGAGCAUUCCUGAGAGUCUUUUUUAAUUGUACGUUUGACCUAAAUUAAACUUGUCAUCUGGUAUUAAAAAGUAGCUUUGAUGUGUAACUCAAAUUCAUCCUAACAGUAUUUUUUAAAAACAUGUGAAAAAUGACAUAUUAACCAGCUGUUAUGGUGUUAACAGUGAAAAGUACCAACUGACAAGUGUAGUGUAGGGAUAUUUAUGUGGUUUAGUUUAACAAAUAUGCAUUAAAACCAGUCAGAAGCUGGAGAGCCUCUGAACCUCCCAUACUCAUCUUUGUUCCCUGAUCAUCCCAGUUACAAGUGUGUCACUUAAAUUACAUGUGGUUUCUGCAUAAAGAAUGGAAAAAUACGCCAUUCAGUCUGCUACGAGGAACUUCUUCCCUGCCUUACGUCUGGCUUAUUAGAAAGUAUGAAAUAUUUAGCUUGUGAACUUUCAACAGUGCAGAUUUCUGAUUUCUUUUUUAAUCAGACCUAGAUUUCUAGAUGCCUGUGACAAAUUGAAACAUUUGUGCAGUGUUAUUUUGCAGUGUGCAAAAUGUUCUGGUAAUAGUCUUUCAUGAAACUGAAGCAGAAGGGUACUGCUGAUGGUCUCAGAUGGUAAACACCUACUUCAUGAAAGCUUUUAACCUUUACAUGAGGUUGUGUAGAAAUAUAAAGUCAAAACACUAGUUUUUGAGGAAGCAAGUGUGCUAUACAGUAUAAUCUGAUUAAAACACUGGAAACUCCAAGGGGAAUCAACUGUAGGAGACAGACCUAUCUGUCAUCUCCAUCCUCCUGACCUUCAGUUACUCCUCUGCAUCACAGAAAAUACCCGCUUCUUAAAGAGAAACUCUUCACAGGGGUGAGAAAGCCCUAGAAAGUGUUUUGUUCUCCAUAUGGUGCUAGAACAUCCACAGAAACAGUACAAUG